GGGCAAAGAAGGGAAUACGUUUUCCUGCCAGAAUAUUUGGACAUAUAAAAGCAGUUAAAUGAAAUGCCGCAUGGGUUUCUAUCCGGCUGUUUUUCAUUCCAGCACAUCCAUGAGGGGCGGUCGACGGGGAGUCCCGGAGGUUGUGCCGGCCAGAUGUGGGGUUGGAGCUGCUUUGGGCCCGGGGCUGGUUCUCCCUCGGUUUGGCCCUUCAGCUACAUCCGGGAAGGCAGAGCAGGCCUCGGUUUCCCUAUGCUCUCCGCCCUCCCUUGUGCUUCUGCAGCUUGUCGUGCACAUAGAGCUGGACGCCUCCACCAAGGCCGUCGUGCUGGAAGAGCGCGCCAAGAACCGAGGUUCCUGGGAUGCCGACAUCCGGGGCUUCAGGCCCGCUCGCGGCGAGGGCCUUCCGGAUGGCCCGGAAGUGAUCGCGUCCGGGGUCAGCACGAGGGCACUCAGCGAGCUGGUGGCGGUGGAGGGCGCGCAGGUGGUCUACUCUCGCAAUGCAGGCAGAUACGUCUGUGAUUACACCUGCUACCUGUCUUUGCAUCAUGGGAAUGGGCGCACGGCCCUCGUCCGCGUGCCUCCAUUAUCCUGUUGGCUCCCGGACGUGCUGGACGAGAUGAGAAAGCCCGAGCUCAAAGCCCGGUUUGCAGAAAACUCAACCUCGGUGAUUCCAGCCCCGGGGAACCGAUGGGGGGACUGCUCCUUUAGAGAAAAUUAAAUGUUUCAAUCCCGUGUGCAGAGUUCAACUGUGCUUUGAGAGACUUUUUAAAAAUGGCUUGUAAAACAGUUUACACAGAGGGAAAAAGCUCUAAAUUAGCCCAACGAAAUCACAAAGGGUUAUUUUAUUGUCAGAAGAAAGAAGAACACUCUGAAAGGCAGACAUUUCACAAGGGAUUAACUAGCUUCAGUUAUGGUUUUCAUGACAAUAAAAUGAAAUCCUAGUAAUUUUUUUCCCCCUCUUAAAAAGACUGUGCAGCGGGCCUGUGUGAUCCUGCCCGGAUUGCUAAAACCGCAGACCUGUUUGGCAGAGCUGCGGGUGACGGGGUGAUCUGUGACCAGCUGGCCGUGGGGAAACACAGGUGUAGCUGCCGCUGGGUACCCCGUUCCUGGCCGCCCAGCUCAUGCCUCCAGGUGCUGGGUGCAGCUUCUGAGCCACUGGGUCUCUAGUGUUUGGUUUUUCUUUUUCUAAUGUCUUUAAAAAAAAAUUGUGUUUUCAUGCACAGGAUAAAAUUUACCCUUUAGCCAUGAAAUUUUUUUUUCUUUUAAUGUUUAUUUAUUUUUGAGAGAGAGAG